CCUGAAAGCAUCAUGGAAUGGUGCGUGUGUCUGGAAAGAAAAAAGUCAUAUAAAGGAUGGCCAGCUCCUCCUAUGCUCGAUCCUGCCAGAAUAAGCAUUUUUGAAGUGACAGCCGCACAAUGUUGGUCCACGAUCUUCCCGUAAUUGGGAGUCUGUCUCCAAAUGAAAUCGCCAAAAUAUCUGGUUCUUGUGUCCUACUCUACCUCCUCUACCAUGUGGCAGCAGCAUUCUACACGGCCUAUCUGGGACCGCUUCGCAAAUAUCCAGGUCCGCCACUCCGCGCUCUAACGAACAUUCCACUGCUGCGCGCGACUGCACGAGGCGAUGAGGAUCUUAUCAACGUGGAACUUCACAAGAAAUACGGGCCGGUGGUCAGAGUCGCGCCAAAGCAGCUAUCUUAUGCUGGAGGAGCUCAGGCGUGGAAGGACAUCUACGGACACCGCAAGCAAGGCCAAGCCAGCAAUGACAAGUACCGACCAUUUUAUGGUCAAAAUUUCAACGGUGUCGAUCAUUUGAUUACUGCUGAUGAUGCCGACCACACUCGACAACGCAGAGUGGUCUCGCAUUCAUUCGCGGAUCGAACACUGAAGGAUCUCGAGCCAUUGCUCAUGCGCUGGGUCACGAAGAUGAAGGACAGACUGGACGGUUACGCGCAGAGCGGAGAGAAGGUCGAUCUUCUCAAGUACUACAACUGCACGACUUUCGAUAUCAUGGGUGAUUUGACAUUCAGCGAAAGUCUGGGCAUGCUUGACAAUGGCGACUACUCGCCAUGGGUCAAGACCAUAUUCAACGGCAUCAAAAUCGGUACCAAACUGCGCACUUUCCGGGAAUUGAAUGCAGUCACAGACUGGAUCUUCGAGAGAUUUAUCUCCAGGAACCCAAAAGUUGCCAAGUCGCGUGCAGAGCACUGGAACUAUUCUGCCGAGAGGGUUGCUCGAAGACUUGAGAGGACUCCCGAAACACCAGACUUGUGGACGAAGAUCAUUGAAAAGGGCGAAGGCGGAAAAGGUCUCACUUACGGAGAGCAUGAAAGCAACGCAUCAUUGUUUAUGAUAGCCGGAACAGAGACCACCGCCACGCUACUCUCCGGCGCCACCUACAACCUCCUCCGCAACCCAGAAUAUCUCUCCAAACUCACCAAGGAGAUCCGCGAAGCCUUCUCCAGCUACGAAGAAAUCAACAUCGAAUCCGUCCAACGUCUCAAAUACCUCCACGCCGUCCUCCAAGAAUCCCUCCGAAUCUACCCUCCCGUCCCCGCCCGUCUGCCCCGCAUAACACCCAAAGGCGGCGCCAUCAUCUGCGAUGGAUUCGUCCCCGAAGGAACCCAGAUCGGCGUCCAUCAACUCUCAACUUACCGCAACGAAGCGAAUUUCAAGAGCCCUUAUGAGUUCCGACCAGAACGAUGGCUUGGAGAUCCUGUUUACAAAGACGAUGAUCUCAAUAGUCUUGAGCCAUUUUCUUACGGACCUAGAAAUUGUCUAGGAAAGAAUCUCGCUUGGCAUGAGAUGAGAUUGAUUUUGACGACGGUGUUGUAUCAGUUUGAUUUGAAGCUUUGUGAGGAGAGUGAAGGGUGGAAUGAGCAGAAGAUUUAUAUUAUUUGGGAGAAGAAGCCGCUUAUGGUGGAGUUGAGUCCUGCGAAGAAGGAUUGAGAUUGAGAAUAUUGUUUCACGAAGAGCAGAGAGUGUGAGAUGAGCGAUUGAUUGAGCGAAGCGAAAGCAUUGGGAAGGGCGCAGCUGCUGUACGAAGACACGCACCAGGGGCAAUAGCAAUGACCUGACAGAAUUAGCCGGCAGAGUCUGCACGGGAAUGAAUCUUUCGCUACUCCGGGCUGGGCGUUCACAGGACAUAGAUUGUAUCGAAUUAUGCAAGACACAUAACUACCAUCGAAGGCCCAGACGCAAUUGAAACAAGACAUGUGGGGGCCAAGUUACCUAGCGCACAUGUAUGCACGGCAGCAUCAUGCCUUAGCUUCAUUUCUUGACUUCAUAUGACAUUACAAUUUCACUAUUC